UGACAGGAUUGGUUACUUCACGUUUCAUUCAUUUCCACCUACUCCACAGUUGGAGUAUUUUACUUUGAAAGUGUAACCGGAAGUGCGUGACUCAUUCAAGGAAGUCAACACUCGCUGUUAGCUAACCGUGUGCCGACUUAACCUAAGGGCAAUGGGAGUGUUUAUCAACAAAGUCGCCGCUUUGAGGCAGUUGCCGGGUCUUGUUUGCUAUGCUAACGUGUUAGCUGCGUGCUACAUGUGCUGGAGCGGGCUAGCGACGCUCAACAUGACGGAAGCCGCCGCCGACGACGACGAGGGAACCUUCGCGUAUUUCGCUUUUGGGAGCAACUUGUUAAAGGAGAGACUACAGCUGGCGAACCCUUCGGCGACAUUCUUUUCCACGGCUCAACUGAAGGACUACAAACUGGAUUUUGGCCUGUGGGGGGCCAACGUGGGGAACAACUGGCACGGAGGCGUGGCCACCAUCCGGGAGAGUCCAGGCUCGGAGGUGUGGGGGGUGGUCUGGACUCUGAACAACGACAACCUGGGCAGCCUGGACGAGCAGGAAGGAGUCGGGGAUGGACAAUACUCUCCACUGGAAGUGUUAGUAGAGAGCAGCCAUGGACCAAUCAUGUGCAGAACGUACCAGAUGAACAACUUCCAUGCGUGUCUUCCCUCCCCGCAGUACAAACACGUGGUGUGUCGGGGUGCUGAGCAGAACGGACUCCCCGUGGAAUACCGCAGCAGGCUGCAGGCCGUGGAGGCCAACAACUACACGGGGCCCUCCAUCUUGGAUCGCAUCAAAACAGACGGGCAUUAGUUUUGCAUGACAGUAAGAACCAACCAACGAUGCUGUGAAUAAAACGACCACAUCCUCAGAUGUGUUGGUGGUGUCUGAGGCAGCGGAAGCGGAUUUUCGAGGACCUAGCAUCCUUGGAAUCCCGAUGGAAAAGGUUUGGACAAUUAAGUCAAAUUAAGUCAUUAAAAAAAAAAAAAGAAAUAAUUAAUUCCAAACAACUAUGAAAUUUGACAGAACAUACAAUAAAUUAUUUCAGAUAACAUUUUAUAUGUUAAGUAUUCAAACUUUGAAAAGAUAAGUUUAUUAUGGAUGUAACAAUGAAGUCUUAUUUUAACAAAUUUGGAAAGCCUUUUCCGACCCACUUAAGGAAAUGUAGAAAAACAAAAAUACAACAGGAAAAUAUGUAGUACUAUAUGUAUCGUAGUACGGUAUAUAUAUAGUACUAUAUAUACAAAUAAACGACAUAGCAUCAGUACAUAUGUUAAGUAGGUCAUACAUGUGGACUACAAGACAUCUGACUCAGUGGGUACUUCAUUCUAAGCAGGGGUGUCCAAAGUGUGGUUCUGGGGACAAUAUUUUAUAUAUAUAAAAAAUUGAUGAAAAUAGAAAAAAAAAAGGAUUUUCCAUUCAAAAUAUUGAAUGAAAAAGAUGCUCCUUUUGUGUCCCGCCUGCGACAUUGACGCCAUGUCACCCUGAGCCGACUUGUAAACCAACAUUCCCGUUCCCAAAGGAAGACGUUUCAAACGCUCGUCGUACCAAAUUCUCCACAAUGACAGAAAAAAGUAUCGAGCACACCAAAAAAAACAACUUAUCAGCCACCUGAAACGCCAGCGCCACAGCGUCUGAAAAGUUGCAAAAAAGGUUUACCAGAGACCUCCAUAUUGACCUCAGCAUGUGCCCGAAUACGGUGCACCUUGCUGGGCCACAGCAGGCGGCACUUCCCCUCUCUACUCUGGUUCUUCUGGUAGUAGUCGUGUUGUUUUAGUCCUAAUUUACUUCCUGGUGUGCACCAACUAUACUUGGGUUGUCGGUACCGUGGUUUGGUAAAAGAAGAUAGCGUGCAUCUGGACUGAUGAUUGAGAUAUAUUUAAUAGCUUAGCAUAUGUUGACCUACACUGGAGUGGAGUGGGUUAGCAUGUUUGUGUAAAAAAAACAAAACAACAAAAGUGUUUCUUUUGGCGGUCUUCAGCAAUGAACGCUGUAAAUAAAAAACUCCACCACCAUUUUAGAAAAGCAAACCAGGUGACUGAAAGCGACAAGAAGGUCCAGAAGUUUAAGAAGUUCUAACCGUACUCUACUUCCAUGUUGAGGUGAUGAUGGAUAUGAAAAAGAAUCUGGUAGAAAAAGGUUGAAAGAAAAGGUAGCAGGAGAAAGGCAGUGCUUUUAUUGUGAAGAAACAGUCAAGAAGAAGCCUCAGGUCACCAAACGCCGCCAUGAAAGGUCCGUUUCAGCCGUCCUGCUCCAUGGGCACCUCAUCCGCCAUCUUCUCAUUCCCGCUUUCAUCCAUCGGCUCCACCACGUCCUCGCCAGUUCCUGUCGUCGCCUCCGUGGCGUCGACCGGUGGCGGUUCAGUCUCCGGCUCCGCCUCCCGCAGCUCAGCGGGCCGCUGCUCGGGAACGUGUAGCCGGUGCUGAAGCUGCGCCAUGCGGGCCAUGUUGAAUCCCAGCAGCACGGCGGCUGAGUUCCUCUUGAGGCUUUUCAGACAUCGGCUGCGUUUGGCGCUGAAGAGCGCCACCGCCUCCGCCUUGGUCAGCGCCAGGCGGCGGCACAGCUCCUCGGUCUCGGCUCGGCAGGCGUACGGGUUGACGUUGAAGUACUUGGUGAUGAAGUCCCGUCGCUCGUCGGGGCCGCUGCGGUCCAGCGGGGUGGGCUCCAGCGCCAGUUUGAUGUUGGGGUCGCUCUGGACUUCGGGUUCGGGCGGCGGCAGCAUCGUUACGCGAUCAUGCUCUCGCUUCUUGCGCAUGGCCGCCUUCUGCUCCCGUUCCCGCUUGUUGAACUCCAUGACUUCCUUCAAGGCGGCUUCCAACCUUCUGGUGGACUGCAUCUCCUCCUCGCUCUGCUGCGGAGACGCCCCUCCCGCCGCUGCUGCUGCUGCCGCCGCCACCACCGGCACCGGGGUCACAACACCAGGAGCUCUGCUUGCCGUUUGUUUGACCCCUUGUGGCAUUUGAAGGAAGUACAGUCCCGAAGGCUGGCGGGGCGGCUGAACAGCUUUGGGAAGCGGCGGCGGGGGCGGCGCUGUAAUUUUCGGCGGUUUGGGUGAACUGCGGCAUCGCUGAAUGUGCAGCAUCACGGCCUGCUGCGUGACCUUGCCCGUGUAGACGCCGUUGCAGUAGAUGCACUUGAAGGCCUCGGUCUUGAGGAUGGCGUGGAUGGUGGGCGCCACAAAGUGUUUCUGCUUCAGGUGCUGCAGGUGCUUGGACUCCUCCUGGAACUUCUCGUCGCAGAAGGGGCAGGAAGUGGUGUUGACCUUGACGGGGGCGGGGCACACUUCGGGCUGGUUGCUGGGCUGCAGCUUGACGUAGAUGAGCUCCAGGGAGUUGGUGACCAGCGCCAGGUUGACCUCGCACUCGCCCAAGACUUCCUUGGGCGCGGUGGUGGAGACGUCAAAGUACGGGAAGAGGAUCCCGGCGUUGCCUUUGGUGUAGAUCUUGUAGUUCUGCCGCAGGAAGUCGCAGUAGAGCUUCCCGGUGGGGUUGUGUUGCCUGACGUGUUCGAUGAGCUGCUUGACGGAGAAGAAGGUGACGGCGCAGUAGAGACAGCAGAGUCCGUGUAGCAGAUGCUGAAGGACGCUCUUUUCCGACAGAAGAACUUUGCAUGUUAAACAUUUGAGCGUUUUAUCCGGCAUCUUCUUGAGGAACGCCGCCCGCCCCGCGAGGCUCUCCGACCUGGAAGCGGUGGACUUGCUCUGGUGGGCCACCUCGAUGUGCAUGUCGAAGACGUUGGAGGGGAAGAGUUCGUUGCAAAGCGGGCAGGUGAUCCACUUCUUGGUUUGGUUGGCCGAGUUGGCCACGGGCUCCACGGGCUUGGGAAGGGCGGCCGGGUUCUGGGACGCCGGCACCGCUACUUGGAGUGGGGCGAAGGUAUAAGUGGGCAUGCCGUUCACCCUGUUCCCGGUGGGGAUCAGGUGACUGAGCAGCGACUGCGACGUCAGCAUGGUGCCCUGCAGGGUCACCUGGUUUGCCGGCGGGUUCUGCACCACCACGGCGGGUUUGGGCACCGAACCGGACAUGUUGGCCUGCAGGCCAGACGGGAUGAGGAUGGACUGCGUUUGAGGCGGCGCCACGGCCACCGGCGCCUGCUUCAGGGAUACGUUGGACACGCCGGGAAACUGAACCAGCGACGACCCCCGCAGGGCGAUAGUGGCACCGGGCUGGAGCAAACCUUUAGCCUCGGCGCUCGCUAGCUGCACCAGCGCCGACGCCUGCGGUGGAAGAAAAGCCUGGUUGCCGCCGGGGGCACAGAUGAGAGCGGCGCUGUUGGGCCCCCCCUGCAGCUGCUGCAGCUGCUGCAACGCCACCACGGUGCCGCCAUGUUGCCCGUUGCUGGGCACCACGAAGGACUUACUGUUCAGCACCUGGCCCUGCUGCGGCCGCGGCGCGAUGCUCGGCAACGUGACGAACACGCCGUUGCCGUUGGGCGCCGCUUUGACAACGUUCUUGUUCUCGAAAAUCAUAGUCUGCACCUGCGAGUUGACGGUGUAGUGUUUGGGCUCCACCAGCAUGUGGUGCAACAUCUGGUCCAGCGUCCCCGUGUUCACCUUGCACAUCUUGCAGCAGUACAUCUUGACCGAGGAGCCCGGCACCGGGUACCGGUACCCGAUGUAUUCGUCCGUCAGGCUCUCCAUGUGCUUGAGGAUGAUGUGCUUCUUGAUGGCGAAGAUGGAAUGCGUGGGGAAGCCGCACUUCCUGCACUGGUAGCGCUCGUUGCCCCGGUGCACCGCCUCCCCGGGCUGCGGGCCCAUGCCCCUGCCGGCGUGGAAGAACAGGAUGUGCUUUUUGACCACGCGGGGGUGCGCCACGAAGACGCAACGCUGGCAGGUGGUCAGCGCGCACAUGGUCUGCAAGCACUCGUGGCAGCGCGCCACGUGGUUGCGGUAGUGGAAGAUGUUCUGCGACGAGUACUUGCACAUGGCGCAGCACAUGGUUCUGGUCCGAUAAGGCCACUGGGCAGACCAGAUAACACAACAGUGAAGAAGACCAUUUGUCCGUCAACACCGACACACGCCAAGGUCUUUCAAGGUCACCUUCUUUCGUAGUCGGCCGUGGUAGCCGUCGAUGAAGUCGCUCCACUCGGUGCCCUUGAAAGGAUCCGCUUCCUCCGGGUCCUGAUCGGGGUUUUCAUCCUGCUCCUGUAAGGAGCACACUUUCACAACGUGGCCUCGUUCCGUGACAGACAUAAAUAUAGUGAUAUAGGCUGGCCACAACAAAAGGCCCAACUAUUUUGUACGCCAAUAUAAUACGCAAACCGAAAAAAAGUAUGCAAACCAGGGCGUGCGCUAACCGAGGUUCCACUGUAUUUUUUUUUACUGCAUAGGUUAUUGUUUUUGAUUACUUUCUACAUAAUACGCAAACCGAAAAAAGUAUGCAAACCGGGGCGUGCGCUAACCGAGGUUCCACUGUAUUUUUUUUUUUUACUGCAAUUCUACAUUUUGUUACUGCAUAGGUUAUUGUUUUUGAUUACUUUCUACAUAAUACGCCAACCGAAAAAAGUAUGCAAACCAGGGCGUGCGCUAACCGAGGUUCCACUGUAUUUUUUUUACUGCAAUUCUACAUUUGGUACUGCAUAGGUUGUUUUUGAUUACUUUCUACAUAAUACGCCAACCGAAAAAAGUAUGCAAACCAGGGCGUGCGCUAACCGAGGUUCCACUGUAUUUUUUUUUACUGCAAUUCUACAUUUUGUUACUGCAUAGGUUAUUGUUUUUGAUUACUUUCUACAUAAUACACCAACCAAAAAAAGUAUGCAAACCAGGGCGUGCGCUAACCGAGGUUCCACUGUAAUUUUUUUUUUUACUGCAAUUCUACAUUUUGUUACUGCAUAGGUUAUUGUUUUGAUUACUUUCUACAUAAUACGCAAACCGAAAAAAGUAUGCAAACCGGGGCGUGCGCUAACAGAGGUUCCACUACUAUUUUGUUUGACUGCAAUUCUACAUUUUGUUACUGCAUAGGUUAUUGUUUUUGAUUAUUUUGUACAUAAUACGCCAACCGAAAAAAGUAUGCAAACCAAGGCGUGCGCUAACCGAGGUUCCACUGUAUUUUGUUUGACUGCAAUUCAACAUCUUGUUACUGCAUAGGUUAUUGUUUUUGAUUACUUUCUACAUAAUACGCAAACCGAAAAAAGUAUGCAAACCAGGGCGUGCGCUAACCGAGGUUCCACUGUAUUUUUUUUUUACUGCAAUUCUACAUUUUGUUACUGCAUAGGUUAUUGUUUUUGAUUACUUUCUACAUAAUACGCCAACCGAAAAAAGUAUGCAAACCAAGGCGUGCGCUAACUGAGGUUCCACUGUAUUUUGUUUGACUGCAAUUCAACAUCUUGUUACUGCAUAGGUUAUUGUUUUUGAUUAUUUUCUACAUAAUACGCCAACCGAAAAAAGUAUGCAAACCAAGGCGUGCGCUAACCGAGGUUCCACUGUAUUUUGUUUGACUGCAAUUCAACAUCUUGUUACUGCAUAGGUUAUUGUUUUUGAUUACUUUCUACAUAAUAUGCCAACCGAAAAAAGUAUGCAAACCAAGGCGUGCGCUAACCGAGGUUCCACUGUUUUUUGUUUUUUUUUUACUGCAAUUCUACAUUUUGUUACUGCAUAGGUUAUUGUUUUUGAUUAUUUUGUACAUAAUACGCCAACCGAAAAAAGUAUGCAAACCGGGGCGUGCGCUAACCGAGGUUCCACUACUAUUUUGUUUGACUGCAAUUCUACAUUUUGUUACUGCAUAGGUUAUUGUUUUUGAUUACUUUCUACAUAAUACGCCAACCGAAAAAAGUAUGCAAACCAGGGCGUGCGCUAACCGAGGUUCCACUGUAUUUUGUUUGACUGCAAUUCUACAUUUUGUUACUGCAUAGGUUAUUGUUUUUGAUUACUUUCUACAUAAUACGCCAACCGAAAAAAGUAUGCAAACCAGGGCGUGCGCCUCUCAUUCUGUGUGGAAGUGGUAAGGUUUUGAAUUAUUUCCUUGGGGAACACGGAAAUAAUUCAAUAAUUUCCGUGUUCCCCACGCCGUCUGAAACACUUCAGAAUAAGUAAAUCGAAGAGGCUAACUAGUUAGCUUGCUAUGCUAUGCUGCAGUGACGCCGUAGCCUGCACAAUGUGAUGUAAAGACUGUCGAGUUUCUGUGCUCGAGUUUCAAACUACCAAAAGUUACGUUUAUUAAUAUUGCAACCAGGCGGCACGAUGGUCGAGUGGUUAGCGCACAGACCAGGGUUCAAUUCCACCCUCGGCCAUCUCUGUGUGGAGUUUGCAUGUUCUCCCCGUGCAUGCGUGGGUUUUCUCCGGGUACUCCGGUUUUUCCUCCCACAUUCCAAAAACAUGCUAGGUUAAUUGGCCACUCCAAAUUGUCCAUAAGUAUGAAUGUGAGUGUGAAUGGUUGUUUGUCUAUAUAUGCCCUGUGAUUGGCUGGCCACCAGUCCAGGGUGUACCCCGCCUCUCGCCCAAAGACAGCUGGGAUAGGCUCCAGCACCCCCGCGACCCUCGUGAGGAAAAAGCGGUAGAAAAUAAAUGAAUAUUGCAACCAACUUUGCAGAAAUCCACUUGAGUGAUUGGCCUUUUAUUGUGGCCAGCCUGAGGCAGUCCUGUGCAGUAAUCAUGGGAACAAUAUGGUGGUUUCUAUUAUAGUGUUUUUAUUAUUUUCCACAUUAUGUGGCAUUAUGAAUAUUAUUAGCACGCUAUCUUAGCUAACAAUGUCUGAAAAGUGAGUGUAGCGUACUUCCUUGUUAAGUUCCUGUUAGAUGAACUAAAUAGACAUAACUCCUUCAACCAGCUUGUCUUUUUGUUAUGAUUUUUAACGAGGACGAUGAAGACAAACCUUGAGGAAGUUUUGGCAGUCCUCCAAGCCGAUGUCACGCAGGACAUGUUUGACCGCCUUGCGCGCCUUUCGGAUCUUCUCGAGAUUCCCGACCGGAAGCUGAUACAUUUUUCCUCACGUAUCCUGCAGGGAGAAAGUAUUCGCAUUUAGAUCGACCGCACGUUUGUUGACGUCUUUUUUUAAUAUUUACGUCAAACUUUUGAUCGGUUUCUGUAGCACCACGUGGGAUCGCCAUGGCGCUUGUGAAUCUACUUCCUGUGUGGUUUUGCAGCCCGUUUAGGUGGCGUAAUCGCCAAAACAGAAGUCUAUAUUCUUUAAUAUAAGUGUGUGCGUGGCGAGCAAGGCCGUUACCAUGCCAACACAAACACCGCUCCAUAGUCAUAGACAUUUAUGAAUAUAUUCAUUUCCAAGAUGGCGGCACAUAGCCAUGCCUCAUCGCUUACCUUACCUUUGACCCCUUGUUUGCGGAAGCCAAUGAUCAAUCAAUCAAUCAAGCAAUGGGUUCCAACAAGUGCAAAGUGUGUGCCCCCUGGUGGCUGUAAACAGCAUCAGGGGACGACUUCCGGUGCUGGGUGAGCGAUGUGACGUCACUGCCACAUUUUUGUAGAAGAAGCCAAUACUUCCAGCGUUAUAAUAUAUUUAUACUCAGUAAAGUACUGUGGUAUACUUUCACGUGUGAUGUUUCGUGUAUUUGUACAACGAAACAUGACAAUGACAGCCAUUUUUUUGGCCGUGGCACGUUCACGCACACAUGAUGAUAAUCUGUCCCAACUCGGCAAAAGGUUGCAUUUUUUAUUAUGUUUUGCCAAACGAGGCGUUCAAAGACACUAAAAAGAGUUACAAUUCCACGACACAUAAAACUAUCCACGUAAAUACGAUGCUCGCCGUGAGUGAUUGGCAGCAUCACGCCUCCUCCCGGCGGACAUUUACCUGCUGGUGUCGGCUCCAAAGUAGCGUCGGUGUCCUCCUCCUCCUCCUCCACCUCCGACGAGGAGCCCCACUUCCCGUCCCCGGUCCGUGAAACAACAACACUGCUUCGCCGCUACCAGCGACACUCAUCCGAGCCGCAUCCGGGGUUGUCCGCCGGCCGCUCCGAUACUUAAAGACGUCGGUUGGGGCGGUGCUGCUUCACCGGAGACGAAGACAAUCGCUAUUUUUUUUUUUCGCCACGGCCUUUUUGUCCCUUUCUUCGCCGUAACGGAAAAAAAUGGCGCUCAAGUUCAGGAUCUGACGUAGUGGCGGCCUCAUUUGCAUACAGCACGAACCGACCAAUAGGAGACUUCUGGCUUUGUUUGCUAAAUAAGUUUUUAUUACCAUUUCAACAAAGUCCAGGUAACUCCCGGAGAGUCCAGGUGAAAAUUUUCUUAAUUAACUUCACACUUUGAUGACAUACCUGACUUGCUAAUUGGAUUUAUGGCUCCCACAGCAACAUAGCUAAGUGUAGGGGGCGUGGCCACAGAGGCCAUGAUGGGAUCGUCACGUGGUACAUGACCCACUGCUGGUCCAAUGAGCUGCGAGGAAAAUGAGCUAAAUGGGCGGUGCUUCGUCUGCUGACGUCACAUCAUGCUACUUUUAUUGGCCAAUGGCUGGCGGCCACCAUUUUGUCAGGAGGAGUCAAACUCACUGCUUGAAUUCAUUGGCUGACCUAAAAUGAGGCUAGCUAUUAGCGCAACACGUUUAGCGAAAAAAAGAACAUUUUUAAAAAGUGUUAAAAAGUCUAAAUAAUUUUUUUAAAAACAAAUUUUGCGUUUGCGAAAACUUUGUCACACGUAAACGUAUUUUUAAUACAACAAAUGGCAACUUUCGCGUUUAUGUAAACAAAACAUCAUUUUCAACGAAACGUGCCAAAUAUGGCAACUGUUGCAUUUACGUUAAACAUCAUUACUUCCAAUUAGACAUUUUUACCAUAUAUGGCCGUGUUUACGUCAACUCGUCUUUUUUUAAAUCAAAUAUGGCAACUUAGUAUGCUCGGAUGGUCCAACUAAAACGGCUUUUUUUUAACCACAUUUGGCAACUUACGCUUUAAUACAAAGCUCAUAACUUCCAACAAAGUGUUUUUUUCCCAACAAAUGUUGGGAAAACAAAUUUUUAUUUUAUAAAAAUAAACAUUUUUUCUGGUAUUUGUUUCACCAAACAUGGCAGGUUUUACACUUACGUUAGUUGUUGUUUUUUUUACCAAAUAUGGCAACUUUUGCGGCCGCACGAGUGGUUAGCAAAUUGGCCCCACAGUCAUGGUGAUGGGAAGACCCGGGUUGGACUCUCCACUUGGACAUCUCUGUGUGGAGUUAGCAUGUUCUCCCCAUGCUUCCUCCCCCAUUCCAAAAACAUGUUAGCUUCAUUAGCCGAUGGUUGUUUGUGUGUAUGUGCCCUGGGAUUGGCCGGCUGGGGUAGGCUCCAGCAUACCCCCACCCUAGUGAGGAUAAGCGGCAUACAAAAAAGGAACAUUGUCUGUGGUCAUCUUCAUAUCUUCCUACCUUUCCAUUAUUAUUAUUAUUUAUUCCAAAUUAUUAAAAUUAUUUGUGCAAUUUACUGUUUACGCUGUACAUUGUUCAUAUUUGAUGUCAUCAAUUUAUCCUCCACGUUGUUAUUAUUAUUAUUUUUAUUAUACGGGAGCCAGGCAACGACAUUUCAUUGGCAAUUUCACUGCUGUGUUAUUAUUGGCCUUGACAUGGCCUAGACAUGGCCAAGACAUGGCCGAGACAUGGCCUAGACAUGGCCUAGACAUGACCUAGACAUGGCCUAGACAUGGCCUAGACAUGACCUAGACAUGGCCUAGACAUGACCUAGACAUGGCCUAGACAUGGCCUAGGCAUGGCGUAGACAUGACCUAGACAUGGCCUAGACAUGACCUAGACAUGGCGUAGACAUGACCGAGACAUGGCCUAGACAUGGCCUAGACAUGACCAAGCCAUGGCCUAGACAUGGCCUAGACAUGGCCUAGUCAUGGCCUAGACAUGGCCUAGACAUGGCCUAGAUAUGGCCUAGUCAUGGCCUAGUCAUGGCCUAGACAUGGCCUAGACAUGGCCUAGACAUGACCUAGUCAUGGCCUAGACAUGGCCUACACAUGGCCUAGACAUGGCCUAGACAUGACCUAGUCAUGGCCUAGACAUGACCUAGACAUGACCUAUCUAUCUAUCUAUCUAUCUAUCUAUCUAUCUAUCUAUCUAUCUAUCUAUCUAUCUAUCUAUCUAUCUAUCUAUCUAUCUAUCUAUCUAUCUAUCCAUCUAUCCAUCUAUCCAUCUAUCCAUCUAUCCAUCUAUCCAUCUAUCCAUCUAUCCAUCCAUCCAUCCAUCCAUCUAUCCAUCUAUCCAUCCAUCCAUCCAUCAUGGCAUGACACUAACAAGGAGCGGUCACAUGACUUGGUCAGCUGACGUGAAGUCCCCUCCUGAUUCGCUGUCGUUGCUGCAAGGAAACACCGAAGUGCCAACAGGUGUAAUCAAUCAGUGGUUCCUGUCACAACAAGCAGCACGUUCACAACCCCUUUUUUGAAAUCAACCUGAAGAAAACAACUUUGAAGUAAGCCUUUCUCUCUCAGCGGCCAUGUUUGCGGCCGCUACAUAUGUACAUAUGUUAAUUGUUAAAUUGUUUUUGGGUUGCUAGGUUACGGCUGAGUGGUUGAUUGAAAAGCUCUUCUAUACCAUCCCUAUUGAUUAUGUAUUGAUUAUGUGUAUGUAUAUAUGUAUAUAUGUCUCAAAGUGCUAAACGUAUUGCUAUCCAGUAAAGUGUGAUGAAUGCCACAUGAGGAAUUGAACUCUUACUAAAACUAUGAAGUGUAAAUUGACUAUGGCCAUCUUUAAGUGCAAAUGUACUUGUUUGGAAUGUGUUUAUCAAUACAUUUUGAUUGACAUGUUGAUGCCUGUUUGUGGCCUUUACAGGUCAGGUUUUUAUAGACGGCUUUGGUUCUGCACCAAGCAAGGAACCAACCCUUCAGAAGUGGCAUCGAACCGGUAGGACUGUCUUUCCUUUUGGCUCUGUGGACUUUGGAUAGUGGACUAAAGGAUGGAGGACCAUUCCUCCAGAGUGGAGUUCCUCAAUCCACCGUUAGCCCAGAAACUCAACAAACUGUUAUACCCAGUUGCUUUUGUUUGUCAUUUUGUUCACCUUACCCCCCCCCCCCAUUUACAAUAUAGCAUCUCACUGAAAAUCUCAGCAUGGCGUACAUGCUGACAUCAUCACCUCGACAUGGCCUAGACGUGACCUAGUCUUGGCCUAGACGUGACCUAGACAUGGCCUAGUUGUGACCUAGACGUGACCUAGAAAUGGCCUCAACGUGGCCUAGACAUGACCUAGAAAGGGCCUUGACGUGGCCUUGACAUGACCUCGACGUGGCCUUGACAUGACCUAGACUCGACAUGGCUCUUGACAUGACCUCAACGUGGCCUCGACAUGACCUCGACGUGGCCUCGACAUGACCUCGACAUGGCCCGGACAUGACCUCGACAUGGCCCGGACAUGACCUCGACAUGACCUCGACAUGGCCUACACAUGACCUCGACAUGGCCUAAACAUGACCUCGACAUGACCUGGACUCGACAUGGCCCUUGACAUGACCUCAACGUGGCCUCGACAUGGCCCAGACAUGACCUUGACAUGGCCUACACAUGACCUCGACAUGGCCUACACAUGACCUCGACAUGGCCUAAACAUGACCUCAACAUGACCUAGACUCGACAUGGCCCUUGACAUGACCUCAACGUGGCCUACACAUGACCUAGACAUGGCCUACACAUGACCUCGACAUGGCCUACACAUGACCUCGACAUGGCCUAAACAUGACCUCGACGUGGCCCAGACAUGACCUUGACAUGGCCUACACAUGACCUCGAUGUGACCUCGACAUGGCCUAUACAUGGCCCAGACAUGACCUAAAAAUGGCCUAGGUAUUUGUACACAUACAAAUACACAGUAAAAAACAGUAUAUAAGUACUUCCCAACGUAAUUGACUCAUCCAUGAUGUCAUUAUGCUAAUGCUUUUAUUAUGAGUAAUGAGAUGAUAUACGUAUAUUACAAUGGUGUCUUAUUGUCUUUCUGUUUACUACCAUGGGUCAUAUUUCUUCUAUGACUACUAUUACCACUAAUAUGUUUCAUUUCAGUAAUAUUACAGUCCAGGGUGUACCCCGCCAUCAUACCCGCGAUACCCGUGACCCUAGUCCUGUCCAUGAUGGUCUUUUAUAGCCAUCAUAGACAUUUGCUGAUGUUGUACUGUUUGUUGGUGUGGUUCUGUUAUUGUUGUUGUUCUAGUCCAGGGGUGGGCAAACUACGGCCCGGGGGCCACAUCCGGCCCGCCAAGUGAUUGAAUAUGGCCCGCCUGUUCUUUCCAAAAUAUUUCAUUGAAACUCAACGUACAACCUGGCAUCAUGGCUUGAGCCAACCUUUUGAUGGUCGAAGUAGCUGUUUUAUCAAUUUCGUUAUUUGAUGUGGUCUGAUGUUUACAAAAUACUCCUGAAAAAAGGGACACAAGCACAUAAUAAUAAUGAUUAAAAUAAUAAUAAUAAUACAUUCAUUUUCUACCGCUUAUCCUCAGGAGGGUCGCGGGGGUGCUGGAGCCUAUCCCAGCUGUCUUGGGGCGAGAGGCGGGGUACACCCUGGACUGGUCGUAAUAAUAAUAAUAAUAAUAAUAAAAAUACAUUUAUAACGCACUUUACAUCAAAUAAAUGAUCUCAAAGUGCACAUAUAGCAGACUACAUGACACUUUUACGUGUAAAAUAUGUGUAAAAAUAUACGUGUACAAAUGGACUGUCACGUGUAAAUUAGUAUAUAGUCCCCCCCCCCCAUCAAUUUUAUUAAAUCAAUGCGGCCCGCGAGUCAAAAAGUUUGCCCACCCCUGGUCUAGUCUCUCCUUGUAUUGUCCCCCUUGCAUUCCCCAGUAUCGUUUUCUCUUCUUUUCUAUCCCCUCCUGCUCUGGUGCAACGCUCCAAAUUUGCAUAACAAUAAAACAUCAAUUAAAGCCAAACAAUGGAAAUUGUCAAAUAGAAUCAGAGUCUCAAAGUGAUGCCCCCCGCCUCCCUCUAUUGGUAGGGUCUGGCGAAGUAAAUAAACGGCGGUUGCAAUUACAGGCUGGCUCUUUAUGUAUAUUCAUAUUUAAUCAAUUUAUGAGCAUUAGGUCUAUAUAUAUGUGUACAAAUGAUGGCCGUUGUACUUUUUGGGUUUGAUGCCCCAGUGUAGAAUUUAGCACUUUUGCAAAGGAAAAAAAGAGCACAAAAGACACAGGAUGGAUGAUUUCAGUCAGAAAUGUAUUAAAUUAAUCACUUUCAUUACUUUGACGAGCACAAUUUACAGUGAAAACCAGGCUAUGGUCCAUUAGUGCUUUAGACAGCAAUUCAUGAAUACAUGACUUGUUUAUAACACGCACGCACACACACACACACACGCACGCACACACACACAGGGCAGGUCACCUUUUAAUAGGAACAAACAUUUCGGUUGCAAGUCGUCAUCCGUGGACGUUCUUUAAAGCCUAUGAAAUAUUUAGUGCAUUUGAAACCUCAAUAGUAGCAGAUGAAAAAAAAACAAAACACUGAGGAGACAAACGGCAGUCACAGCACACGUGUAGCCUUUAAGGGACCAUAAACAGCAAUAUUAUUAUUAUUAUUAUUUUUAUUAUCAAUAGGAAGGAGCUGCUGAAUGGGACUCGAACACAGCUUAAUCCAAUAAAUAGAAAAUACACGCAGAAGAAAAGUGUACUAAUAUUGUGUUGAUUUCAUUACGGCGACGCCAAGCAGGUGAGGGUCGGUGGGGGGCGGAUGGGGGGUGUGUGUCAGGUACAGAAUCCACACGACACGAGACGUCCAUUCUUCAAAAGUCAUGCGAGUAACGGACACGGGGUUCACAGGACGGUGGACGAGUUGAGCACAGAGCAAUCAAUCAAUUGCAGACGGGAGGGAAAAGCGGAUUAGCACAAACACCCCCCCCCCCCUCCCCCCCCCCACCACCACCAACAAUGGGUGUAUUUGAUGGGGGCGGGCGGAAUGGGGGUGUUCCCAACUCCAGAGUCAUCCAUUUUGUUGCAUAAUGUCGGUUGGACGGGACUGAUUUCAUCUGACGGUGGGGGGGGGGGGGUGAAAGAAAGAAAAUAUUCCAGGAAGUGAAACCACACUGAAUUCGUCUCGAGGAGGAUGGAAUGUGGACCACAGAGAGACGCUUGUCCCAAAGACCCCAUCCCCGGUGUCACACGGCUCAUGGGGGGAUGGGGUACAUGGGGGGGGGACUACACCACGGCGAGGGUCUUCAUGGCACCAUUGAGCUCCACACCGGCUUCCUGCAUCUGAUACCUUAGGAGACACACGUGGCACACGGGGAUCAGUUCUUGUCCGCUUUAUGGACGCCCGCUUAACAAACUCACCAAUCGGUGACAGAGACGGCGAAGUGGACGGGCGGCCGCGGGGCGGCGCAGAGGUCGCCGGAGUCGUCGAGGCCGCAGGUGCCCAUGUUGGAGAAGAGGAGCCAGUCGCCCACGCUGAGCUCGGGCAGCAGGCAGCGCUCCACUACGCGGUCCAGCUGGUCCAGCGACGGCCCCCACAGGCUGCUGGGAUAGACCGCCUCCUGGGCGCGCAGCGCGUGCUGCGUGAAAACGACAGCGUCAGGGAUCAGCUUGGAAUCUUACCCGCAGUGACACGCUGGACGUCUUCCGGACGAGCACAUGGAAGACCUCCCGGAUAGGUAGAACAUGGCAGGGAACAAGGUCACGUCAAGGACAGGUGGAACUUUUGUCCUCGUCGUCCGCCUUCCAGCAUGCCUGGCAACAUGAUGUGCUCUUGUACACGUUAGAUCAGGGGUCUCAAACACGCGGCCCGCGGGCCAAAUGUGGCCCGCAGGACACUACUUUGAAAUUGAAGUAAAAACAAAAUUGAUAUUAACAAAAUAUAUAUUUUUUUAAAUUAAUAAAAUUUUAAAAAUCAGUUAUUAAUGAAAAAAAUAAUACAAUUAUUAUCUAAUAUUGCCAAAAUAAUUAAUUAAUUAACUCUUUGCCUAACCUAACUGACUAAACUAACCUCUUUGCCUCUAACCCAGGGGUCUCAAACACGCGGCCCGCGGGCCAAAUGUGGCCCGCAGGACACUAGUUUGAGGCCCCCGCCUUGAUAUGAAAGUUUAAUGUUUGAUAUGGAUGCUGUAUGGUAUCAUGUACCCAGAAAAAAUUAUUUACGUUUGAUUAAUGUUCAUGUUAAAGGUUAAAUAACUUAAUAGUUAUCCUCCCUAUCCGUGUGGAAGUGGUAAGUUUUUUGGCUAUUUAAGUUUAAAGGAAAUAACUUGAAGGCUACCGUUUAAGUCGCUAGCUCUCCAGUUUGCGAGUUAGCAUGUGUCUCAAGACCCUGCAGUUGCGCAAUAUGUUGUAAAUAUAAAAAGAGUGUAAAUGUUAGCUCCAGUGGCCCCCAAGUAAAUUGAGUUUGAGACCCCUGCGUUAGAUAAUUAGCCGCUUCUUUUUUUUUUAGCCGUUUGGUUAUCUUUAGAAUGCAGAGAAAGGACAAAGUCGCGUGUCCAUGUUCCACAUAAGGAUGGUGGAUGAUGAGCAACAUUCCCAUUAAAGUGGACGUUUCCUUUAAGCGGGACACUUCCUGUUGGGGAAGUCUGGGUUUCCCUACUAAGACUGCUGACCCGGAUAAGCGGAGGAAAAUGGAUGGACUUCCUGUUGAAAACAACACCCGCUUCCAGGUGAUUGAUUCACCUGGUCUACUAACCUUGGGCACGCAAGGUGCGGCGAUGGCGCUUCCCAGGAGCUUGAUGCCAAACGGACCAUAAACGCCCUCGUUCAUGUAGUACAGGAACUCGGUGUCGUCGCCGUUAUCGCCUGUUUUACGACGGCGAGGUCAGGAGAAGACGGGGGAAAAACAAGCAGAGAGGAAUGUGAGCGGCGGCUUUGUUAUGAUUACGCAACAUCUGACGCAACAAACGCGCUCAUGACCCACCUGGAGCUAAGCGGUCCCAGCGGCGGGUCGCCACCUCCUUGCCGAUCACGCUGACCGCCAGGCUGAAGGCCGACGCCACGUAGAAGCCGCCCGGCUGGGCCAGCACGUGCACGCCGGAGCGCGGCGGGAAGUAGGCGUCCAGCAGCGGGCUGAUGGCGGACUCCACCUGCGGGGCGGAACGACAACAAACCGCAUGUCAACACGUCUUAUCUCGGGGACGCCGAGCGGCGUGUCAAAGUCCGACCGAGCCAAGACAUCGACCUGUUUGAGUUGAGACUCCGAGCCGGUGAAUCCGGCGCCGAUGUCCAGGACGUUCAUGCGGAAGCCCAGCUCUUCCUGGAAGACAACACGACGGGGUCAGCGAGGGGGACUAAGCUGAUCUAGCGAGACGCCGCGUGCUCACCCCCAUGUCGAACACGCAGCGGGCAUCCGACAACGCGUGGCGGUAGGCUUCCCGUGGAUCCUGACAGGAGCUCGGGACGUGGAAGGCCACGCCCACCACCUGGACACCGAGCCCCUUGGCGGUCUCCAGCAGGCGCCGGCAGCUCUUCAGGGACGAACCGAAAGCCACGCUGGUCUCCGCCGCGUGCGCCGCGGUGCUCAACUGCAGCAGCAGCCUGGACGAGGACCGCGUGUGGCGUUAAUUUCACAUUAGCGUCCUCCGCCGGCGACGACUUUGACCACUUACUUGGCGCGCGGGUGGAGGCGGGAAAUCUUGGAGAGCUCGGCCUCGUUCUCGCAAACGAGAAGCUGGAUGUCGUUCUUGGAGGCGCACUUGAUGAGCGCCAGCUGCUUGCAGACGCCCGCCAGGAUGAUGUUGUCGGGCGACACGCCGUGAUCCAAGGCCAGGUUGACCUCCGCCUGGAGGACGCAACACAGGGACUCACUCCGGGUCUCCAUUUUUAGCCGCUCGCCUCGCUCAUGAACUAACCAGAAUGGGACCAUCUGCGUGCCUCUGCUUUAUUAACACACCUCACACAUGGUCUGACAGAGAAUAAGACCAUGUAGCAGGAGGGAUCGGAGUUGCUAACUUAGCCUCAUUGCUACAUUUAGACAGAUACUCUUUUUGCACAACAAUAACUAAUGAGAGAAACUAACAGAAACCCUGUUUACCGCCUUUAUUAUUAUUAUUAUUAUUAUUAGAGCCCUCUCGAUAACAACCCUACAGUCACAUUUAUGAUCCUAUUACGCAAUAUAGUAGACAUAACAGAAAAGACAUAGAAAACUUGGUUUCCACCUUCUAAAUCCACUUUUUACCCACUAGAGACCUCUAGACAUGAAAUAACAACCCUAUAGUCACAUAUAUGCUAUCAACAAAUAUAGUAGACAUAAGAAAAAAUAACAGAAACCCUUGUUUACCGCCUUGAUUAUUCUAAUUUUUAGAGCCCUCUCGAUAACAACCCUAUAGUCACAUUUAUGCUCCUAUUACCCAAUAUAGUAGACAUAACAGAAAACAAGACAGAAAACCUGUUUACCACCUUCUAAAUCCACUUUUUAACCACUAGAGACCUCUAGACAUGAAAUAACACCCCUAUAGUCACGUUUAUGCUCCUAUCACCAAAUAUAGUAGACAUAAGAGAAAAUAACAAAAACCCUGUUUAACGCCUUUAUUAUUAUUUUAUUAGAGCCCUCUCGAUAACAACCCUAUAGUCACAUUUAUGCUUCCAUUACCAAUAUAGUAGACAUAACAGAAAACAAGACACAGAAAACCUGUUUGCCACCUUCUAAAUCCACUUUUUAACCACUAGAGACCUCUAGACAUGAAAUAACAACCCUAUAGUCACAUUUACGCUCCUAUCACCAAAUAUAGUAGACAUACGAGAAAAUAACAGAAACCCUGUUUACCACCUUUAUUAUUAUUAUCAUUAUUAGAGCCCUCUCAAUAACAACCCUAUAGUCACAAUUAUGCUCCUAUUACCCAAUAUAGUAGAAAAUAAGACAUAUAAAUCCUGUUUUCCACCUUCUAAAUACAACCCGGUCUUCGGCGGCCAAAUCUGGUUCUUGGGACAUGGCCCGGACGCCUCCCUGGUGAGGUGUUCCGGGCAUGCCCAGCCGGGAAAAAGGCCGAGGACACGCUGGAGGGAUUAUGUCUCACAGCUGGCCUGGGAACGCCUUGAGUGUCCUCCCGGUGGAGCUGGAGGAGGUGGCCGGGGACCGGGAAGUCUGGGCUUCCAUACUGAGACCGCUGCCCCCGCGUGCCGGACCCGGAUAAGCGGAGGAAAAUGGAUGGAUGGGAAGAAUCUAUCCUAGCUCCAUCUUGUUUGUGACAUUAUAUAAGCGGUACAAGAACGUCUGAGCGCUCACCUUGUUGGCGCAGACGAAGCCCAGGCCCAAGGAGGAGAGCACCUCCAAGACCGCCGGGCUGCGGUUGCACCUGAGGGGGAAGUAGGGCUGCAGCCGCGGCACCAGGCGCUGCCAGGUGGCGUGCUGGCGCAUCAGAGCGCCCAGGUCGCCCACCAUGAAGGCGCUCUUCUCCACCUGCAAAAGACAACAUUGUCAGCUGGGGGACCACGCGGGACCUGGUGUGAACCCCCUCGAGUUGCUGUACCCACCGGGGCCUGCUCACAGAUGCGCUGGUCAAUGACGUCUUCGAGGGUGACGCCCCCCUCCAGGAGUUGGACGGUGUAGCCGGGUCCGUCAGUGAGUGAUCUCAUCUUAACCGUAUUCCACAAAGCCAAAAAUCAUAAAGA